CUGAUGGACACACAGAAGCUCACUUGCUUUCUCUUUCAGUGCUCUAUAUCCUGUCUUUUCCGGACAGGACGUCGGUUAUUUUGUGGACUUUCUUUGUGUUUUCUUCUUUGACUAAUCUGCAAGGUUAAAUAAGAGUCUUAACUUUCUUUCCCCUCGCCCUCUUGGAUCUCCUGUUUUCUCUUGUUGGGAUUUUUUUCCUCUUUUUUUCCAGCCUGACUGCCAGCUCUCUUGUGUGCAUAUCAAUCCUUCCUUUUCCCCUGCUCUCCUUUUCCUCCCAUCUUCCACCGUUCCCUGUCUCCUUGUGCGUAGUGUUUGGGCUAUGCUCUCCUCACCCACUGUGAUACUCCAGCCUUAUGGACUCCCUGUCUACCCACAGACAACCACAUGCUACCCCAGCAUAGUUCAGGGAGGCCCCACACAGGAGGGCGGCCCCGGUGGCGGCGACCCUGCCCUGCCUCAGGUCUACGCCCCUCCUCCCUCCUACCCACCGCCAGGUCAGGGUCCGCCAGCGUCUGCAGGCAGACUCCCACCUCUUGAUUUUAGCUCUGCACAUGCCAGUUCAGAGUACCCCGAACAUCCCCAACUCAGAAUCUAUCAGGGCCCUCAGCUCGAAGGGGCGGAGGUUCUCGCAUCCAGUAACACGGAGGAUGCUUUGGCCCCUGUGACCUCUGACCCCCAAUCUCUGAGCGUGUCGGUAUCAUCAGGGGGCGGAGCAGGAAGUGGAAGUGAUGAGGAGGGGUCAGGUAAGGCCCAACCGAAACGCCUCCACGUCUCCAAUAUCCCGUUCCGCUUCAGAGACCCAGACCUCCGCCAGAUGUUUGGGCAAUUUGGCAAGAUCCUUGAUGUGGAAAUUAUCUUCAAUGAGAGGGGGUCCAAGGGCUUCGGGUUUGUCACCUUCGAAAGUGCAGCUGAGGCCGACCGGGCAAGAGAAAAGCUGAAUGGGACGAUUGUGGAAGGGAGAAAGAUCGAGGUUAACAAUGCCACUGCAAGAGUAGUGACCAAGAAGCCCCAGACGCCUCUUGUGAAUGGUGAUAUUUCAACUUCUGGAUGGAAGAUCAACCCUGUCAUGGGGGCGAUGUACGCACCUGAACUCUACACAGUUGCCAGUUUCCCAUACCCUGUAGCAGCUCCCACACUGGCCUACCGGGGCUCUGCGCUGCGUGGUCGAGGCAGGGCCGUCUACAACACGAUUCGCUCUGCUGCAACCACACCUGCUGCUGUGCCCGCCUACCCCGGGGUGGUUUAUCAGGAUGGACUGUACGGAGCAGAAGUUUAUGGUGGCUAUCCUACAGCUUACAGAGUGGCUCAAUCAGCGUCUGCUGCCACAGCAACCUACAGUGAUGGAUACGGACGGGUUUACACCACAGCUGCAGACCCUUAUCACCACUCAGUUGGACCAACAACAACAUAUGGCGUUGGUACAAUGGCCAGUUUGUACAGAGGAGGAUACAACCGCUUCACCCCAUACUGAGCCGCCCCGGCUGUGGGAGGGGAGCUAGAGACGUCUCUCUUGAACUCUGGGAUUGGCUGAUCUGAUGUGGACGCUGCAGGACAGAUUGUGAGAUCCUUAAACUUUGGAAAUGUGGAAAUGGUUUUACCUCCCGAAUCCAUCACAACCUCUCCUCGAGAGACUAAACAGACUGAAGUUGUAAAUACCGUAGGACCCAUUUACUGCCCAUUCGACUGAUGAAUACUUAGCACCUGGAAGAGGGUGUUGUGUAAUAUAUAAACAGUUGCUGAAUUGUUUUCUGGAUUUAAAGAGUGUUGGUAGAUGGCUCACACUACGGGGGGGGGGUCUGAAAAUACUGUGAGAAAGAUUUUAUUUUGUGAGUAAUAUCUGGGAUUUUUCACGGGUCAAACUGUACAAAAAAAGAACAUUUUGUGCAAUGUUAAAUGACUUAUUUUUGAUGGUAAUUAUUUACUAAAAUCUCUGUUUGAGUGUUUGUGUGUGUGAGUGUGUGUGUGUGUGUGUGUGUGUGUGUGUGUGUGUGUGUGUGUGUGUGUGUGUGUGAGUGAGUGUGUGCGUGAGAGCAUAUGAGUGAGGUUAUUGUUCCCGACUGAGAGACAGCUGUGACACUGGUAUCAUUAUUACAAAAGCAGAACUAAUGUUUGUCUGGAUGUAGCUGGAAUUUCAUUUUGUCGUUUUAUUUGCCUUUCUAACAAUCUACCUCUCAUACAUUUCUAGCUUUUAAUAUACAGCUGUCAUUAUUAAUCCUCUAUCGCUUUUGUGUCUGUGGGCUUUCUUUCUCUUCACCUUUCUUCCUGUGAAUCCUAACUAAUAUAGUUUUCUGUGGCUCUGUAUCUCACUGUCCGACGAGCCUGUUACCUUUCUAGUCCUUUCUGUUAUUUCUUCAGGGAGGUUUUUUUCUUUCCUGAGCUGCUCUAAAAAAAAAACCCCUGUUUUACAUCCACACAGUCAUACAAAAUUCACAGCUGGGAGUUGGAGUUAAGAAGCAGUCUUUUGUUGUUGGCUUUACUACACAAUGUGAAGAUUAAAGGCCUCGCUCAAAGGCUUGCUUCUCCCAUCUUAUCUCAUACAACUGCCCACUGUGUAUUCUACUGUUGCCCUGUUUCACUCUUUACUGUCCUCUUUUUCCUGUAUUUUCUCUCUAUUCUUCACUCAGAACUGCUGAACGCCUCCUUUACUUGUGUUGAUAAUUUCCUCUUGGCCUGGUCUUUGUUUCUGUUGCACUCUUUUUCUCUGCUGUGUUUGAUGUUUACCUCUAAAUAAAACUUGUUUUCUCUCUCUCUUCCUGUUCUGUCCUUUAUUGAUUCGUAACAUUUCCCAUCUUUUGUUUCUUCACAUCUCCUUAUUCACAUGGUUGUUUUUUCUGCUGCAUUAGAAGCAACAACUUGUGAUUUAUUGGCCAUAAAAUUUAAUGUAAAAGCAUAAUCUCCAUCAGGCCUCACAGAGAAACUGAAGCAGCCUCUUUCCUUCUACUCCUUGCUUGUAUUUACUCUGCUUCCUACUUGUAUUUCUUUUCUCAUUUCAGUGCAUACUUCCUUGUCAGCUCACUUCCUUUUUUUCCCUCUAGUCUGCUCUUCUCUCUUCUUCCUUCAGUCGUUCUCUGCACCACUACAGGAAACGCAUAUUCAUGAAAUUCAGCCUCCGUCUGUCUGUCUUUUCUAUUUUUUCUUCUGAGUUCUUUAUUUUCUUUAGUAGUUGUACUAGUAUAAGAUUUGCCAUAGACUUUAAUCUUCUUUCUGCUUUUUAACUCUAAUAUUUUCUCUCUGAUUGGCUGCAACGUUUGCUUAUGACUUUCUCUCUUUUUGCUUAAAUCUUCUCUUUUCAUUUUCUCUCUUCUGCUCCUGUAUACUUUGUAGGUAUAGCUUUAAUUUCUUGUCAUUAAAUUAGCUUUUUUGCUCUUUUGCUCAUUAGUGCUUAGUUUUCUCUCUGUCUUUAGUUUAUUUUUAUAAUUCUGAGCUCUACUUUUGCUCAUUUCUUUUUCCUCUGUAGUUGCUCUUUUGCUCUUCAUAGUUUCCUCCUACUGGACAGCCAGGCUGUGUUUCAUGACAAAUCAAAUUGUAAGAAGUCUCAAACUGUGCAGUUGAGAUGAAUUACACAGCUGUAGAUUUGUAGCUUUUAAUUCACCUUUAACGAUAAAACUUUGUAAUUAUAUUUAAAGUAGCUUUUAUAACUAAUGUUGUUAUAUGGGGUUUAAUGAAGUCAAGUAAAAUAACACUUUAUUGUAUUUUAAAACUUCCCUUAGUGGUUUAUGCAGAAACGUCUUACUUUGAUUCUUUUUCCACUUUCAAUUUAGUUUUCUGUAUAAAGCUUUUAAACUUUUUUCUUGCCGUUUCCUCUUUUCUUUAUUUGCCUAUUUUCCCCCUUUUAAACAGCAUUACUCAAUCCUCUAUUCUUUUAACUGAUUGCAUGUAUUUGAACAUAUUCAUUUCUUCUAUAUUUGCUUACUGCUGUAUUUUCUAUCCUUUCCUCUCUAAUUUCAACUUUUCUCUAAGUUUUUCUCAUUUCUCUGCCUAAAAACUAACCUUUGUAUUUUUCCAAGUACACCAUUCAAUUCAUUUUCAUGACUUUUACCUCAAAUGUGUCAGCUCAAUGUGUCGCAUGAAAGGAAAAAUCUGGAAGGAAAUGCCUUUAUUGUAUCAAGCAGCCAAGCUAGUCUCUUGCUUGUAUGUUUUGUGUUACAGGUGCCUCUCACUCAGUAUUUAUAACAUUUCACAAUAAAGUUAAUGAAAAACUUGA